AUGCAGUUCAAGAAGUCCUCCUCCUCCUUCCUCGUAGACGGCGGCCAUGACGACAAAAUGGCGUCGUGGAACGAGGGAACGGACUGUUGCUCGUGGGAAGGUGUUACCUGCGACUCCUCGACCGGUCGUGUCGUGGACCUCGACAUCAGCUGUCAGCAGAUGAGUACUCUGCCUCAUAACAAUUUCAUCUCCCAGUACUUCCCCCACCUCCGGGGGCUCAAUCUGGCAUACAAUCACUUCAAUGGCUCCACAAUUUCGUCCGCCAUCGCCAAACUAACCGACCUCACUCGUCUUAAUCUCUCCCAUACUGGGUUUUCUGGCGAAAUCCCGUCCGAGUUCAGCCAUCUCAAAAAACUCGUUUCACUCGAUCUUUCCUUCAACCAGGUCGCCUUCGUGCGAGACGAAGAUUACUCCAACGUGCUCUCUAACGCCACGAAUCUGAGCGAGUUGUGGCUUCAGGAGGUGAACAUGUCAAACAUCAAACCUUCCUCCUUCUCCAACUUAUCGCGUUCCAUGAAGCAUCUCGAUGUUUCGGACUGCGGACUAACAGGGAAGUUUCCUGAGAGCGUCUUUCGUCUGCCAUGCAUGGAAUCGAUACGUCUCAAACGGAACAAAGACCUCUUGGUUCAGCUUCCACGAUCAAACUGGUCAGCUGCCUCACUCAAGGUAUUAGAAGUUUCCUCAACGAAUUGUUUUGGAAAAAUGUUGCCCGAUUCGAUUGGGAAUCUCAAGUCCUUGAGGGUUUUGAGCCUAGAUGAGGUCGGGUUUAUAGGAAAUGUCCCAUCUUCCAUUUGCAACCUCACAUCGUUGACAUCUUUAGACCUCUCACACAACUCAUUUUCAGGGGAAUUUCCUCAUACAGUUUCCAACCUAGUCCAACUGGAAACUCUGCAUAUCCAAUACAACAAUUUCACUGGUCACAUUCCAUCUUCAAUCUUCAACCUGCCAAACCUCCAAUGGUUGGGUUGUUCUGACAAUCAGCUUGUUGGUCCAAUUCCUAGUGAGAUAGUCCAUAGUAGCUUACAUAGUGUCUACCUGAAUAAUAACUUUCUCAAUGGGACCAUACCAUCUUGGUUGUUAGCCCUACCAUCCAUGGAAAUAUUGGGCCUGAGUUAUAACCAACUCACCGGAGAAAUCCCGGAAAUCCAAUCGAGUUCCUUGAGAUAUAUCUAUCUAGAUCACAAUCGAUUAUCUGGCCUUGCACCAACAAGCUCAACGACACUCAAGGGUUGGAAUAAUCUCCAAUGGAUGGACCUCAAUUCGAACGAGUUAUCGGGGACCAUGCCGAGCUACAUCUGCUACCUCGCUUCGCUUCUGGUCAUCGACUUGUCCAACAACAACUUGAGUGGCAGCAUUCCUGAGUGUCUGUUCAAUCUCGCCGAAUUGUCGGUCUUGAAUCUGAGGAACAACAACUUCCACGGCCCGAUUCCAUCGUCGAUGUUUGGUAAUAUGAGCAAGCUAACACACGUGGACUUGAACGGGAACAAAUUGGGAGGGUCACUGCCUGCACAAUCACUGGCGACUUGCAAGAUGUUAGAAGUAUUGGAUGUCGGGAACAACAACGUUGAUGAUGUUUUCCCACAAUGGUUGUCGAACCUUCCCAGUCUCAAAGUUCUCAUCUUGGGCUCCAACAGCUUCCACGGUGCUGUCACGACGAGUAACAGCUUUUCAAUGUUACAGAUAUUAGACCUUUCCAACAACUAUUUCAAUGGUUCUCUGCCCGCAGGUCUGUUUCACAAGUUCCCUGCGAUGAAGAUGUUGAAAGAUAAGUCCGAGGAAGUGGGAACAGAAUACUACAUUGGAUUGGUAAAUUACAAGUUUUCAUUUGUUCUGACGGUGAAAGGCAAAGAGUGUGUGGUAAACAAAUUUCCCAGUGUCUUUACCACCUUGGAUAUGUCGAACAACUACUUUCGAGGCGAGAUACCCGACGCAAUUGGAGAGCUCGGGUCGCUCCUGUUCCUGAACCUGUCACACAACAACUUCGUCGGCCCAAUCCCUUCCUCGUUGGGGAACAUGCGAGAGCUCGAAUCGCUGGAUCUUUCCUCAAAUCGACUCUCGAGGAAGAUCCCAUCGCAGCUCACGAGUUUGACGUACCUUUCGUUCCUGAAUCUAUCGCGAAAUUCGCUCGUUGGGCCGAUACCUCAGGGAAACCAGUUCGGGACGUUCGAUGCUGCUUCUUAUGCUGGAAACGAAGGGUUGUGCGGGGUUCCGUUGUCCAAGAAGUGUGGAGGUGAUGAUGAGGAUGGUGAUCAUGAUCAGGAUUCCGAACCUGAACUCGAAUCUGGUGGAGAGCUAUUUAGUUGGGGUUUCGCAGGGGCGGGAUAUGGGUGCGGACUAGUGAUUGGGAUAUCGACCGCCUACAUCAUGUUCAGCACCAGGAAGCCAGAAUGGUUGGUGGAGAUUGUUGAGAACUGGACUUGGCGAGGGUGA